AUGCAUGACCAUAACUUUCUGGAAGAUUUACAUGACAUCAAAUUUGAGGACUUUUUAAAUCAUUUUAUUUUUCUUAAAAAUGAGAAAAAAAUACCAACGAGUAAUACCGAUGAGAAGGAAAGCGCGGCGACACUUGAGUGUGAUGAACCCUCGGAAGAGAAGAACAAGCCGCAGGAUGAAAGGCACAACAAUGUCAUGAGGUCCAUAGCCAAUGACAUUAUAAACAACGAAUCUAGUACGGUCCUCUUUAGAAGAAUAUAUUGGCCCCUGCUAAUAGGAAUUUAUCAUCCCGCCACUCUAUACGAACUAACAAAGGACGUACAGAAUAAAAGAAGUCUGUAUAAGCAGGACAAAGAAGAAUACAUCACAAAGCAGUCGAACUUAAAUAUUCAAAAAUUGGACCCCCAGAUUUUUCACCCCUUGUCAUCGGAUGAUAAAAAUCCAUGGACACUAAAACAGAAAAAUCAAGAAUUAAAUGAAGAAAUAAAACAAGACAUUUUAAGAACACAUUCAGAAAAAAAUCUUUUUCAAAAUGAAGCAGUAAGAGACACAUUAUGUAAAAUUCUGUUCCUUUGGGCCAAAAAAAAUCCUUCUGUAUCGUAUAAACAAGGUAUGAACGAAUUAGUAGCCAUUUUUUUUAUUAUCAAUUAUCGUGAACAAGUAUGCCCAGACAUUUUAAAUUUAAAAACUGAUCAGUUUUGGAAGGAGUAUGUCACCCUGUUUGAUAGGGACGAAGUCGAAGCAGACACUUACAUCCUGUUUGACCACUUCAUGAACAUGGGGUUGAAAUAUUUAUUCUCUUCCCCCGAAGAAAAAAAAAACCAAGCAACAAAGAAUUCUUCCAAAACGGUGCUCCUGCACAAGUGUACUUAUAUAUUCCAUAAGUUACUAAAAAAUUUGGACAAAUUAUUGUACAACCAUUUUAUUUCUCUGAGUAUCGAGCCUCAGAUUUUUCUCCUCAGGUGGAUCCGUCUCUUCUAUUGUAGAGAAUUUCCGAUUGAUGACACCGUCAUUUUGUGGGACAACUUUUUCUCAGAUUGCUACUUAACGAACUGGGAAAAGGGCUUCCCCACCGAAGUCACAGGAGACACCAUAGGAGUUGCCCACAUGACAUCAAAUGUGUUCCCCUUGGUUGACUACUUUGCAAUCUCCAUGAUCCUAUUCAUCAGAUCUUUCUUGCUAGAAAACGAUGAGAAUUAUUGCCUGAAGAGACUUUUUAAAUACCCUCCCGUUGAAAACAUAAGGAUAUUAAUUGAUUUAUCUUUUAAAAUAAAAGCGAGAAGUGAGAAGAAGGAGAAGUGUGCAAAAGGGGAUGACUUACCAGUGUCCAACAGCACCGCUGUGGACGGGGGUUCGAAUGUGGGAAGCUCUCUUGGUUCAUUUCAGGCUAGGAACGGGGCCAAAGAGGGCGCAGUAAAUUUGGCGCGGGAAGGGGCAGUAAAUUUGGCGCGGGAAGGGGCAGUAAAUUUGACUCGAGAAGGGGCAGUCAAUUUGGCGCGAGAGGGAGUAGCAAAUUUGGCCAGAACCAGCGGCAACAACAGCAUAGCGAGUGAUCACCUGGAGCGAAAUAGGUAUAAGCCAACCGCAAACACCCUUGUGCUAAAUAAAGAGACCAAAAUUUUAAACACCCCCGCGACGCUAUCUCGGAUUAACAGCAAGCUAAACAGUGUCAUUGACAGCUUGAAUAAUUUAUCCUUCAUCGUCGGGAAUGAAAAGCACCGAGUAGAGCUCCAGCAAAAUGUAUUUCGUCUAAAUGAAAUAUUCCGAGAAUUGAAAAGCAUGGAACAUAAUUGCGCAGAGUCCAUGCCGGAGGAUUUGGAGAUGAACUGGAAAAAGGAGGCCCCCCCGAUUUACUUCGGUUGA